AUGCCGGACCUCAAGUACGACUCCGAUAGAGAUAGCUCUUUCACCAAGGAAAGCUACGAUAAGCUCCGACGCAUAAUCCAGAAACAAGAAGCCGAGACAAAAGACAUGCAGAAAAUCGUCAACGAAAACCGACAAGCAAUGGAAAACCUUAACGAGCAACUCCAGCACGCUGGACAGGCCUACAAGAAGCUGGAAGAAGACAUCAAGGGGGACGCCAACCUCCGGAAGAUCCAGGAACUCCAGGGGGAAAUCACCACCCUCCGGGCCGCCGCCAACAUCGUCACCACGCCCGUCCACGGAGGACGACAAAAGCUCAAGCUCAGUGCGCCUGUCACCUACGACGGAACCUAG